UGGACCCGCGGAGGCCGCACCUCUCUGGGCGGUGCCAGCUGCUCCAGCUGCUCCGGGCGGAGCACCAGAGCCCGAGCGGUGGCUGUCGCGGGCGCCGGGGAGCAGCGGACCGCCGGUGCCAGCUGCUGGGCCGCGGGGGGCUGCCCGCGGGGAGGCGGGGAGCCCGAGAGUGGCAGCGGGAGCGCCGGAUGCGAGGAGGCGAGGAGCGGGGCUAGGCUGUCUUCUCCCUGGUAUCUUCUCAUCCUAUUACUUUUGUUCCUGAAAUCUGAGGAUUCCAUCAAGAUAAUGAUAAGUUUCAGUGAUUUGGGGUCAUAUCCAACUUAAACCAAUGUAGACCUUCCAGAUAUCUCAGGAGCUAAGUCUGGUAGUAUACACUGCUUGGUAAUUGGCAAUAAUGCCAUCUCUGCCUCAAGAAACAGUUAUCCAGGGAUCCUCUCCCUUGGAUCUGAAUACAGAAUUGCCUUAUCAAAACAAGACAAAAGGGAAAGUGAGAAAGAAGAAAAAGAAGGGAACCAUCACAGCAAAUGUUGCUGGGACAAAAUUUGAAAUUGUUCGUUUAGUAAUAGAUGAGAUGGGAUUUAUAAAAGCCCCAGAUGAGGAUGAAACAAGUAACCUUAUAUGGUGCGAUGCUGCAGUUCAGCAGGAGAAGAUAGCAGAAUUGCAAAAUUACCAGAGGAUCAACCAUUUUCCAGGAAUGGGGGAGAUCUGUAGAAAGGAUUUCUUGGCAAGAAAUAUGACCAAAAUGAUCAAGUCCCAGCCGCUGGAUUAUACCUUUAUUCCUCGAACCUGGAUCUUUCCUGCAGAAUAUACACAAUUCCAGAAUUAUGUGAAGGAACUGAAGAAAAAACGAAAGCAGAAAACUUUUAUAGUUAAACCAGCUAAUGGUGCGAUGGGUCAUGGGAUUUCUUUGAUAAGAAAUGGUGACAAGCUUCCAUCUCAGGACCACUUGAUUGUUCAAGAAUACAUUGAAAAGCCAUUUUUAAUGGAAGGCUACAAGUUUGAUUUACGAGUUUAUAUUUUGGUCACAUCAUGUGAUCCACUAAAAAUAUUUCUUUACCAUGAUGGACUUGUGCGGAUGGGAACUGAAAAGUAUAUUCCACCUAAUGAGUCUAAUUUGACCCAGUUAUACAUGCAUUUGACAAACUACUCUGUGAACAAGCACAAUGAGCAUUUUGAAAGAGAUGAAACUGAAAACAAAGGAAGCAAGCGUUCCAUCAAAUGGUUUACAGAAUUCCUACAAGCAAAUGAACACGAUGUGGCCAAGUUUUGGAGUGAUAUUUCUGAAUUGGUGGUAAAGACUCUGAUUGUAGCAGAACCUCAUGUCCUACACGCAUAUCGAAUGUGCCGACCUGGUCAGCCUCCAGGAAGUGAAAGUGUCUGCUUUGAAGUCCUGGGAUUUGACAUUUUGUUGGAUAGAAAACUAAAGCCCUGGCUUCUGGAGAUCAAUCGUGCCCCAAGCUUUGGAACUGACCAGAAAAUAGACUAUGAUGUCAAAAGGGGAGUCCUGCUGAAUGCUCUGAAGCUACUAAACAUCAGGACCAGUGAUAAAAGGAAAAACUUGGCCAAACAAAAAGCAGAGGCCCAAAAGAGGCUUUAUGGUAAAAAUUCAGUGAGAAAGCUCCUACCAGGUUCCUCAGAUUGGGAGCAACAGAGACACCAGUUGGAGAGAAGGAAAGAAGAGUUGAAAGAAAGACUUGCCCAGGUACGAAAGCAGGUCUCAAAAGAAGAACAUGAAAAUCGACAUAUGGGUAAUUAUAGACGAAUUUAUCCCCCAGAAGAUAAAACACUGCUUGCAAAGUAUGAAAACUUGCUGGCUGUUGCCUUUCAGACCUUCCUUUCGGGAAGAGCGUCUUCAUUCCAGCGAGAGAUGAAUAAUCCUUUGAAGAGGAUGAAGGAGGAAGAUAUUUUGGAUCUUUUGGAGCAAUGUGAAAUUGAUGAUGAAAAGUUGAUGGGCAAAACCCCCAAGCCUCGAGGACCAAAGCCUUUAAAUUCCAUGCCAGAGAGUUCUGAUACACUGAAAAAACUGAAGUGUUACAGCAGUGAGAGCAGUUGUAGCAGUAGCUGCAGCUCCUCAGACUCCGAUGAACAAGAAGAGUACCAAAGUCAGAAGAGAGAAAGUCAACUUGCAUAUAAGCAGGCAGACCAUUCCAAAUUUAUCCAGCACUCCGGCUCCAUGAAGCGUUCAGUUAGCUGCCCUCGUUCUAUCUCUGCGCAGUUCCCUGGCAAUACUGACCACCGUCCCUUAUCUGCUCAAGUGAUGCCAGUAUGCCAGUCAACCAUAGGGUGUCGGUCACAUUCUUUAAACCGUUCAAACGCUAGUGGAAGGCAUUUGUUUCAGAAUAACAAUGCCCGCUCCAGCUCUCAGACGAGUGAGUCUUUGCGGCAACCAAGAACAAAAGAACAAGAAGAUCAUCUUAUGAGUCAGACCUUGUUUAUUCUUAAGGACAUGAAGAUCCGGUUUCCAGGAAAAUCAGAGGCAGAAUCGGAACAUCUGAUAGGAAAUAUCAUGGAUAACUGGAAAUACCAUAAGUCGAAGGUGGCUUCAUAUUGGCUCAUAAAAUUGGAUUCCGGAAAACAGCGAAAAAUUUUGGACAUAGUAAAAACAAGUGUUCGUUCAGUUCUUUCGCACAUCUGGAAAGUACCUGAUGUUGAGGAAAUAAAUUUGUAUCAGAUUUUCAAGCGAAUUUUUAGUCGCUUACUAUGGAAUCGUGGCCAAGGACUGUGGAACUGUUUCUGUGAUUCAGGAUCAUCGUGGGAGAAUAUUUUCAAUAAAAGUCAGGAGGUGGUGACUCCUUUGCAGCUUCAGUGUUGCCAGCGCCUGGUGGAGCUUUGCAAACAGUGCCUACUAGUGGUUUACAAGUAUGCAACUGAAACCCGAGGCUCAGUCUUUGGCAGUGGUCCGGACUGGGGUAAUUCCAGGUAUUUGCUACCAGGAAGUACACAGUUCUUCAUGAGAACACCAACCUACAAUUUUAAAUACAAUUCACCUGGAAUGACUCGCUCCAGUGUUUUGUUUACAUCCUGAUAUGACCAUUUGUGUAACAGAUGGAGAGAUCAUAUGGGUUAUACAUAUUAUCAAUUUAUCCCCCUAAUUUUAACAUGCAAAGUGGCCAUUAAGUGCUGUUUUAUGUAUAUAUGACAUAGAUAUAUGUGAAAUAAUACACAAUGCACAUAAUGAUAUAUAUUUAUUAGAAAUGUGAAAUAAUUAGCAUAACUGAUAUAAGAUAAUAUUUCUGAAAUAUAAUAAAGUAUGUUAAAAUUGUUCACAAAAGUAUGUUGAUUAGAAUUUGCUAGGUUUAUAAUUAAUUCCUACUAGAAAUGUUAUUUUUGCUGCAGAGUAUAUAAAACAAUUGAUCUUGAAGAUUCCAUUACAGUAUUAAAUUAUUUUCUAUAAAACACAUCUUUUGACUUGGAGCAUUAAUAAUCUGAUAACUUAUUUAUUAUAUAUUAUAGCCAUUUAAUACAAAAAAUUAGAAAUGGUGUUGCUUGAUGAUAGGAUUAAGUGUAAGACAGGUCUAGCACUACUAUAGCACACUAUAAAGUGCUAUAAAGAUUUGAACCUGAUUCUUGAUCAUUUUUAUUUUUCUCUGGAAAUUAAUGUACUUCUGAUAAUAUAUAUCUCAGUAAAGAUCAGGUAAAAUCACAUUAUUAUCAAAAAUGGAAGACAAUCUAGAGGGUCAAGAAUAAACAUGAACUAACUUUAAUUUUAAUUUUCCUCAGGAGUUACAUAAUAGAAAAUGAUAGCAACAGGGGCUGGAGUGAUAGCACAGCGGGUAGGGUGUUUGCCUUGCACACAGCCGACAGGGGUUCGAUUUCCAGCAUCUCAUAUGGUUCCCUGAGCACCGCCAGGAGUCAUUCCUAAGUGCAUGAGCCAGGAGUAACCCCUGUGCGUUGCCGGGGGUGAUCCAAAAAGCGGAAAAAGAGAAAAUGAUAACAACAAUAAAGUCUUUCUAUAUGAUUUUUUAAAUAUCUCAAACUAUUCAAUUAAUUUAAUUUGUAUAUGUCCAAUGGAUAAAUAGUUAUUUCUGUUUUUCUGAAAUAAAAGAGCUGGCAUUUCAAAUUCAUUUCAGUCUUACAGGCCAACGCAUUACACUUUAAAUCUUUCAGUCUUGUGACCUACUUUCAUUACUGUCUAAUGUAGAGGUCACAUUGUAUAAUAGAAAACAGGCUAAAUUAUUGCAGUAGAAGAUUCUUAUUACUUGGCAUUAUUAGUCAUUACUGAUACACCCUUGAGAAUUUUUUAAAAAUCAAAACGGAAUACGAAGUUUUCUUCCUGUUCAAAGUGAUUAUGCAUGUUUCAUGACAGUUUACUUUCUUGUCUUGCUUACUUUUCAAAAACAAUGAGUAAGUUUUAAGUUUUCCAUAAAACACAUAAUCCACACAAUCACUGAAAUGGAAAUUCUUAGAAAUUGCAAUAGUCACUCACCAUUCAGAAGUUUUCUUAAACUUCUCUCUAUAAUUUUUCCUUGAUGCUGAUUUGAAAAAUUCGUAAAUGUUUUACUUGUUUUUACGAAUUUCUUUCACUGUCCUCUGAGCAUUUUUUCAGUAAAUCAAAAACUGGCUACAAAGCAGAAGGGGACCUGAGAGUCAAACUGGAUUGGUUUAAUCUUCAAGUUGGAUAAGUGGCAACCCAAAUUUGUAAGUUAGAUACAUUUUGUCUUUAGAGUCAUAUUCUGAGGCCAUUUAGGCAGAAGUGAAUUUACACUCCCCAUAUUAUUGCUAACUCUCUGAUUCUUUAUCACUGCAUCACUGUCAUCCCGUUGCUCGUUGAUUUACUCAAGCAGGACCAGUAACGCCUCUAUUCCUCCCAGCCCUGAGAUUUUAGCAGCCUCUCCUUACUCGUCUUUCCCAACAACUGGAGGCUUUGAUUCUUUAUGACCAUCUAAUAUUCAUGUUCUAGUAGAUUACUUUCUGGGAUGAAUGUAUCCCAAAAGAAGAACUUUGUACAAAAAGAAAAGGGACACUUGCAGAGCAACCUGAAGUGCUUAUUACCUACUUCAUUUUAUGAAUUCCUAAAUAUGUUAUAUUUCUUGGAAUAAAUCAUAAGAAUAUUGGGAUAUUAUUAUAAAAAUGAUCUGCAAGAAGGUCUUCUGUCAGAGCAGCUUUAGUAAUUUUUCUUUAAAUGAUUUCAACAUGAGCGCAUCAACUGAAAGUAUAUGUGUUUAUUGAAUGCUUGUUUACAUUGGUUUAAAUUUAAAAAUGGUUACUUAUUUUUAACUUUUGACAUUUAUAUUCUUAAUUGUGCAAAAGUAAAAUUUUAAUUUCAAACAAAAAAGAUAAAUGUGUAAUUUGGGUAAAAAAACUUCACCCUCAUGGGAAUAACCCACAAAAAUGUUAAAAAAAUAGAAAUGAAAUAUGAAUAUCAACUAAUUGAUGAACAAAUUUUAUUGGUCUAGCAACUUAGCUCUAGAUUUUUUGAGAACUAUACUUUUAAUGCCCACAUUUCCAAUUUAUAUGAUUUAGUUUAAUAUGAUAAAGUUUUGAGUAAAGGUCAUGUGUUCAUUAUUUAUUUAUACUACCUGGUAGUUUCAGAGUACUGUUACUGCUUACUCCUUAAUGAGAAACUAAGAGAUAGUAAUAAUCCAUGGAUGUAUCUACUGUUCAUAGAAAUGUUUUAGAGGUAUAAAAUAGUCCUCAAAUUUGUUAUACAAUUUUAAUUUAUCAAGUUAAAACAUAGAAGUGAUAAUAUGGUUCUAACACUUUCUCCUCAAGGAGAGAAAAUAACUCAUUUGAAAAACUCCCAAACCUACUAGUCUGACAAGAAGAUUUAAAUAGAGAUUUUGAUUUACUUAAAUAAAAGCAUAUUUUUGUUUUAUUAUUUAAAAAGUAUUUAAUAAUUCUGCAAAUCUGAGAUGGCAAUUCUCUCUAGACUUGUAUAUGAUUGAAAUGGCUUCCAGGAUUGUAUACAAAGUAACUUUAAAUCAUUUAUGAAUGUAGUAUGAGAUUAAUUUUCAUUUUAAAAAUCCAGCAUUAAAUCACUACUUGCUUUAUGUAACCUGUUAAAGAAACUAUUGUGAUUCAUAUUAUGAUUGUUUACUAGCAACAGACUUUGUUUUACUGCAUUUAAUUUAUCUGCAUGUAUAAAGAUAAAUUCUUAACAGGAUGAAAUAUGGAAAAUAGUAACUUCUUUCUAGAUAGUUGAACAUAUCUGAUUCUAAUAAGAUGUAAAGAUCUAUACAGAUUUUUCAUGUCAGUGAUAUAUAAAUACAUAAAACUUGGAUUCUUCUCCCUAAAAUUAAACAAUGUUAUGUUCCUCAAAUAUUCACAUACAACUAAAUCAUAGUUAAUGGCUUAUAUGUACUAAAAAAAGUAUUUAACUCGAGUUAUCUUUUAAUUUGAAUCCAAUAUGUGAUUAUAUAAUUUUUUAAGUCAUAACUUAAAAUUUUAGGGCUGGAGAGUUAGGGCAGUGGAUAGGGCACUUGCCUUGAGUGCAGCAAACUUGGGUUUGAUGCCUAGUACCCUAAAGGUCCCUGCCAGGAGUGAUCCCUGAUCCCUGCCAGGAGUGAUCCCUGAGCUCAGAGCUAGUAGUAAGCCUGAGGACUGAGGGGUGUGGCCCCCAAACGAAAACAAAAAAUUCAGAUGCUUUGGUAUAGUGUAAAUGCUUUUUAAAAAAGCAUGUCAAAGCCAUUCCAUUAAAAAUUAUCAUUAAAUCUAAAUAUAAUCAUUACUUGACCUUUUCAAAAUACCAAAAAGGACAGCUUUUAAUUUUUUAUUAUUUCUAAUUUUCUAUAAAACUAAUUCAUUCUUUAAUGUAUGUUUAAAAAUAAUAGAAAAUAGAUUAGAAGAGUGACUUAAAAUACCUUCCCUUUCUAUUCUAUAAUGUUAAUUUCUAUUUUAAGCUUUUGUUUGGCUCUAGGGAUUUAAUAAUAAAAUGUUUAAGUACAAAUAAUUAUGUUUCUGUGAUCUGAUGAUUAUUUUUAUUCUCUUUAAUUUGAAUUUUUUUUUAGAACUGAAUUAGUUACCCAAAUAUUUGGGCUAAUGUUAAUAAUGAAUAAAUUUUAAGGUUGGAUAUAUAUUAAUAGUCAAAACUUUGUUUCUUAUACUACUUUCUUUUCCUCUCUUUUAAAUUUUAAGUUUUAUUGAAGUUGUACUUGAUGCAUGGACAAAGUCAAGAAAAGAGAAUUUUGUUUUAUAAAAAAUGGUUUUUGCUGUAUAUUUGGUUUUGUUUUUGUCACAACAAUAAAACUUAGAUAAAAUGUAUUACUGAGUCAAGUUCAGUUUUUCUGCUGAGAUUCUAAGACUAGGUUGAAAUUUCCAUGACUGAAAAAUAUUAAUUGUCUGGGUCCAUAUGAACGAAUAUAUAUUUCUUCAAUAAUAGUCUUGUGCUACCCCCAAAUGAUGUACUACAACUUAAUGCAUCCUUUAGAUUACUGUCCCCUUUUUCUGCAGCAUUUUAUUUGCAGUAUCAUAAAUGGCUUUAUGGGACAUGGGAAGAGAAAUAUACAGGUAACACGUAUUGCAUUAACUGGGCUGUAUUAUCUAAGAGGAGCUAUAUAGCUUUAUUUUUAUACACUCGCUAACUUGAAAACUGGUAAGAUAACUCAUAGUCAUUUAUAAUCUAUUCAAUUAAUAUAAAGGACAUAACAAUCGUAAUCCGAUAAUGCUGAUAUUCCUCUUUCAAAGGCUGACAACAAUUCUUGGUCAUGAGCUAUUUGGUUCGCAGAGUAACUGGAGUACAUGCUUCAACAUCAAAUAUUACUAGAUUUGCUAAAGAUUCUGGGAUUGAAGAUUAGCCUAAAAGCAAUGCAUUUCCUAACAUGAAAUACAACUCAAAUAAUAUUCAUGUGUGUGACUUACUUCAUGUGUAUAUGAAUGAAAAUGUUACAAAAAUAUGCCUGAAAAGUGAACAUUGCAUUGUCAUGCUUCAGCAUGUGAUGUCUGUAUAGUGAAAUUAUUCUAAUUAUUCAGCUAUUAUAAUAAAAAUGUU